UACAAUUUGGAAGUUCAAAAUAUCGUUUACUUUACGGUAGACGCGUUGUUAUACAAAAUCAAUUCUCCUGAUAGGUGUACAAAAUAAUGUAUUAUUAAUACAUAUAAUUUUAAGAGUUACUGUGAAGUCAAAACUUUCAAUAUGACGGCCGACAACGAAUAUCCAAAGGCGUCGAAUGCCACACUUAUUGGGGCAACAAUCACUUAUGUUGCCGGCCUCUUCCUGCUCUUCUCGUUUGCAAGCCCAUACUGGAUAGAGUCAUAUCCAGAGAUGUUUGAUUCCUUCAAGCGCAUGGGUUUGUGGGAGUAUUGUUUUGAUCGCUUCCGUCUGCCACAAUAUCAAUUGGACAAACUCUUCAUGGGUUGUCACUACAUUUUUAGUCAGGAGUACUAUGUGAUUCGCGAGUACCUGCUGCCCAGCUGGCUCAUGGCUGUGCAAGCAUUUGUGACUUUGGCACUCAUAUUUUCACUCAGCGCACAAGUACUACUGGCCUGUGUGAUUGUGCGCUGGCCUCUGCGCACAGUGCUUCAAUAUGAAUGGAUUUUUGUCUCCCUCUCAUUUAUAUUCAUUGCUGUGUCAAGUGUAUUCUUGUUCUUGGCCGUAGCAGUGUUUGGAGGGAACUGUUACCGCAGGGACUGGCUGAUGUAUCCCUCCUUCCAUGUUGUAUCCUGGUCAUAUGCCUUUGCUGUAGUUGCGUUUAUAUUUUUCGGCGUGGCCGCGAUCCUGCUGUACUUGGAGUCAAAGAAGCUGUACGAGCUGCGGCUGGAGGCGCGCAACCUCGUGGCGCAGAUGCAGCACAGCCAGCCCGAGCACGCGCUGCACCAGCUGCGCGACCAGCUGCAGCACCAGCGGCAGAUCGGCUGGAAUGUUGCCUAACUCUUCACUAAUCUUCUCACUGCCUUCUCUGUCUAAUCACUCAUCACUCACUCAUUUGUCCCUACACAAAACGAUACUGAUGUAGUCAAUAAACAUUUGGCAUCAGGUAAAUACUGAAUAAUUACUAGUUAUGAGUAUGAUAGAUCUAUCAGACUUAAAGUAAAAGCAAUUUCAAAAAGCGUCAAAAGUUUAGAAGGAUUGUAUUGGUGUGAUAGAGAGGGACAAACGAACUUUAUCGGCUUGAUAACUUUAGUGAACGUUUAUGAAUAAGGGGGUUAGUAGGUGGAUGGCGUGAAGAACUUGAUAAGUUGAAAUAUUUUUUGCUGAAAUUUGAAUUUAGAACAUAACAAGUCUUAUUGUUCAGUGUUGUUUCGUCCUUACGACAGAUUUAUCAAGUUCAUCACGUCUUUUACCGAAUUAUUCCUGGGGUUCCACUUGCCUUUCUUACGAAAACUUAAAAUAACGUCUCAAUUCAAGAGGACCAAUUCAUAAACCAGUGUAAAAUUAAUUUUAUCUAGCUUAAGAAAUGUUCUCAUGUAACUAAUAUAUUCGUCGAUUUAUUAUAUGCAUUAAUAUAAUCCUUAUCCCAAUGAUGGGAUAGCCAGUUGAGUAUGCCUUUUUGACUACAUUUGUGUAAUGCCUAUUGAAAAUAUUUUAUUGCUAUUUCGGAUUUUAUGAAGUUUAAUCAGUAUCGCAGAAUUAUUCUGAAGCACAUAAUUAUGUUGGCUUAUUGGGUUAAAUUGUGGCGUGUAGGCGAGAGGCUGGCAACCUGUCACUGCAAUGUCACAGUUUCGUUUUCUUUCAACCCCUUAUUUGCCAAGAGUGGCACUGAAACCUGAGUAGUUUC